ACAGGUCAGUAAGUCUGUAUGUAUUCUGACAACCCAAGCAAUAAUGAAACUACUGAAAUCCAAAGAGGCAGCGGCUGCUGUGGAUAUUAAAACGUGGCCAUUGGUACUGGACACAGAUGAUCUCCCAAGAAAGAGAAUUCCUCAGAUCUACAAACCUCCCACCCCAGAGAUGCUCGCCUACCUGGACUUCAGUGUUUCUACCACAGGAAUCCUUGCUGGGGUCAAGAUGUCCCAUGCUGCCACCAGUGCCUUGUGUCGCUCUAUUAAGCUGCAGUGUGAGCUGUACCCCUCUCGCCAGAUCACCAUCUGUCUGGACCCCUACUGUGGCCUGGGCUUUGCCCUCUGGUGUCUCUGCAGUGUGUACUCAGGCCAUCAGUCUAUUCUGGUUCCUCCUCUGGAGCUGGAGACCAAUCCGUCUCUGUGGCUUUCUGCUGUCAGUCAGUAUAAAGUACGAGUGACGUUCUGUUCGUAUUCAGUAAUGGAGAUGUGUACCAAAGGCCUGGGCUCCCAGACUGAAGCUCUGCGGGUCAGUUAUCCUUCAUCCUAG